AUGGACGGCAUGGAUAUCGAAACCCCCGACUACCAAGCUGUUGUUGACGAGACCGUGACUGAUGCCUUCGACGCUCCCGAUGGUGACAUUGAUGCUACUCCCAAGACCGAAGAGGAGUAUGCGCAGUCCAUGCUGACUCUUCGUGCCAUCGUCUCCUCUAAGGAGGCCGGUGUGAUCAUUGGCAAGGCCGGAAAGAACGUUGCUGAUCUGCGCGAUCAGACCGGUGUCAAGGCCGGUGUCAGCAAGGUUGUUCCGGGUGUCCAUGACCGUGUUCUCACUGUCACUGGCCCUCUGCAGGGCACUGCUCGUGCGUAUGCGAUCGUGGCUAAGGGUCUUCUGGAGGGUGCCCCGCAAAUGGGCAUGGGUGGUGUUGUCUCCAACAAUGGGACCCACACCGUGCGCCUUCUGAUCUCCCACAACCAGAUGGGUACCAUCAUCGGACGACAGGGCCUGAAGAUUAAGCACAUCCAGGAUGCAUCCGGUGUCCGCAUGGUUGCCCAAAAGGAGAUGCUCCCUCAGUCUACUGAGCGCAUUGUGGAGGUGCAGGGCACCCCCGAAGGCGUUGACAAGGCUGUCUGGGAAAUCGGCAAGUGCCUGAUCGAUGACUGGCAGCGUGGAACUGGUACUGUCCUCUAUAACCCUGCCGUACGUGCAACAAUUGGCUCGCAGCCUCUCACCAACAGCGGCAACGCUGCCCCGGCGGCUGGCAACGGUUACGUUAGCCGUCAGUACAACCGCACCGGCAACGGUGCCGACUUCAGCGACAACAGUGGUGGCUUCAACCGCCGGUCUAACUCGGAUGCCGGCACUCGCGGAUUCCCCUUGGUCACCGAAGAUGGCGAAGAAAUUCAAACCCAAAACAUCAGCAUCCCUGCGGACAUGGUUGGCUGCAUCAUCGGUCGGGCUGGAACCAAGAUUACCGAAAUUCGCCGGAGCUCUGGAGCUCGCAUCUCUAUUGCCAAGACUCCCCACGAUGACACUGGCGAGCGCAUGUUCACCAUUAUGGGAAGUGCCUCGGCCAACGAAAAGGCCCUGUACCUUCUAUAUGAGAACCUCGAGGCUGAGAAGACUCGCCGCCACCAGCAGCCCCAGGAGUAA